AUGAGGUCUGCAUCGCCAUCUCUCAACCCCUCCACUUACAGUGGGAUAACUGAUUAUAACAUAUCUCUGUCCGCUAAUGAUGCCGUUGCUUGCUGUGGCUUUCUAUGUGGCGAUGGUUGCGAUGGAGGGUAUCCAAUCUCUGCAUGGAGAUACUUUGAGCAAAAUGGUGUUGUCACUGAAAAGUGUGAUCCAUACUUUGAUGACAUUGGUUGUUCUCACCCUGGCUGCAAGCCUGCAUUUCCGACUCCUAAAUAUGUGAAAAAAUGUGUUAAUGGAAACCUUCUCUGGACGCAAUCGAAACACUACAGUGUCGGUGCGUAUAGGAUCAACUCAAAUCCAGCAGAUAUCAUGGAAGAGAUUUAUCGGAAUGGACCGGUUGAGUUCUCCUUCACUGUUUAUGAGGAUUUCGCUCACUACAAGUUGGGAGUUUACAAACAUGUGACGGGCAGCAUUAUGGGAGGCCAUGCAGUUAAGCUGAUUGGAUGGGGAACUUCAGAUGACGGAGAAGAUUACUGGCUUCUUGCAAACCAGUGGAACAUAGGCUGGGGUGAUGAUGGUUACUUCAAAAGCAUAAGGGGAGUAGACCAGUGCGGUAUCGAAGCCGAUGUCGUAGCCGGUUUGCCAUCCACCAAAAAUCUUGUUCGCGAGGUUGCAGAUUCAGAAAUCGUCGAAGAUGCUUCAUUCUAAGAGAAUGUUCAUCUAGACAAGCCCCUGCCUAAUGUCAUAGUUUAUUAAUGCAUGAACUGUUUAUCUUUGUUUUCACUUUGGGGUUUCAAAUGUUAUGUUCACCCUACAAGAACUUCAUCA